CAGCAACUUUUUUUUUUUUUUCCUCUCCCACCCAUUCCAUUUCCCAUGCUACUUACCAUGGAUUGACUAACCUACCUUACCUACCUUACUUUUCCCACCCUCUCUCCAUCUCUAUCUCUCUUACACAGGCACACCUUGCCAGCCAAUGUGAAGACAGCUUCUAAUGUGGACCCACCUCAAUCUCCAUCAAGGGAUAUGGUCUCGACCAAGUUGGUCCUCCUUUUAGACGCACGGCAAGAUUGUUGUUUCCGUCAUCCCCGACUAGCCCGCUUACUUUAAAGCACCAGGUAUGCUGGUCUUCCAAAGGUGGUAGCACUAGUAGCUUGCCUCCGCAGUUCUGCCCCUUUUGGUAACUUUGUUUGCAGCUUGUUCGUUGAUUUGCGUUUCAAGACUCUGUACCACAUCUCUUGGCGCAUAGCUGUCAAGGUCCGCCGCUCAGGCUAUCACGGUUGUCGAUAAUAUCGAUGUCAAUAAUAUUGAUGAUGUUAAGCAAUAUCGCAGCGGAUCAGCAGUCACGUCACAACCUAAACUCGGCGAGUUCCUCGCGAUCUCUUUGCGGAGAUAUUUGUCAUGUCUGUUGUUUCUUUUGCUCAGCUGAGGAGACGAACUUUCACCCCAACAGUAACCUUUUUUUUUGUUCUCUCUCUCUUUCAGUCCCUUAGCCGGGCUCUAAACAAAAUACUUGGUACCUCGUCGUUCCAAGUAGGCUGCCGUUUAUUCGGCUGUUGUUCGAGUGGAGCUCCUACUUGCUUGCCUGCUUGAGCACCCCAAUGCCUCCCCAGACACCUCCCUGGUCAUUCUCGACUCGAGUGGACCCCAUGGGCAGCACUUGGGCCUGCGGCUUCUUUGAUCAACGUCGCGUCAAGCCUCACCAAGAAGACCCCUGGAGUCUUGGCAGUCUCCUCUUAUGCCAGGCCUCCUGGCUAUCCUGAUUCAAGUUGAGGUUGCUGUUUGUAAACUCAAUGGAAAGUAUAUAUCUUACACACCUCCCGACAACCAUGCUUUACAGUUUCUUCCGUAGUCAUUUCCAUCAGCUGUGCUCAUAAAUCAUCCCUUUCAACUCACUUUUGUUCAAAGCCAGUCUUUUUGCUCUUCGCUGGUCGGUGCCGCUGGUCGUGUGUAUCCUAUUACAAGUUGAAAACAACCCCACAAGACUGGUCCUCCUUUCCUUUUCAGUCCAGUCAUCCCCUCGCCCUAUUCAGAUCGCUCCGCAAGUGAUCAGCACAUACAUAUAUAUCUUUCACAAUGGUUAACUACCGCUUCGCUACCUUAAUCGCCCUGGCCGGCCUGGCUGCUGCCGUGCCUCUUAAUAUCAACCUUGGUGCCUACUCGCCCGCCUUGGUAGUUGGUGAUGGUGAAAUUAGUUUCGGAGGAGGAGAAGAGGUUUCUAGCCUAAUGAAUGCCCUUGAAGGUGCCGCGGUGAACGCUGCUAACGGUGCCGCUCCUGCACAGACAGGAAAGAAGACUGGAGCGGCGGCGAUCGCCUCGGCACCGGGUGCAGCAACUUCCGCAUCAGCGCCAGUGUCGAAUGCGGCGUCGCAGCAACAGUCCUCGCAGGCCUCUUCUACCACCACGACAGACGCCGUCUCAACCCCGAACCCUGCCCUUGAGCAACAGGCUCAGCAGAUCGCUGCUCUCCAGGGCAUGGGCAAGGCCAUCGCCCCCCGCCAGGAAGACCACAAAGGCGAGACCGAGUCCGAAGAUGAGACCCCAGCCGUCGCUAAGCGUGACCUCAGUGGCUUCCAGGCUGCUCUUAACUACGCCGAGAAGGCUCUCACCAAGGGUCCCAUCAUCAACCUUGGCACUGGCAAGGAGGGCAAGGCCGGCGUUGGUAUUGUCGUUAACAACAACCCUACUACUGCAACCAAGACGACAGCGCGCAGAAAGCGUGACCUCGGUGUGAGCCGAAAAGUCAAAGUGACGACCAUGUAUGUUCGAUCUGGAAUCCCUGCCUCGCUUAGGAACUCCCCUGAGCUUGUCGCUCGCGACAUUGCCAUCCCCGUUGGCGCCCCAACAAUUCCCAGGGUCUUCUCAAGGAGUGACUCGGCCCUUGAUGCCGUCAACUUAAACGUUGAUGGAGACAAGGGCUUGACCAUGACCUUUGUCGAGACGAUCGAAGACGCGGACGCAGAUACUGAAGAUGGCGCCGAGUAAAGGAUACUGGCCAGGGAUGGGGUUUAUAUACGCAGAAGAGAACGGGGAUGACGAUUAUACCAAACAAAGAACCAUAUUAUACCAGCACCAUUUCCGAAAGCUGCGCACGACCUCGGCUCAGACUCCCAACUAAGAUGGCCCCUCAUGGCCGGUGCAUGAGAGGUAGACAGGUCUGACAAUCUUUAUAACACAUGUCAGGCCUUGCUUCCCCCUACUUGGAGUUGGUUCUGAAGCUUGCCUUGGUUGACGGAGUAUGUGUGCGGUAAAGCUGCUGGCUCCAGAGUGCAUAGGGAGUGAUUUUACUUCCCUUACUACUUUACCAUUUCUUCUGUUCAUUGUUUAGGGUCUUUUUUUUUUUCAAAUGGCGCUGGGUUUAUGUAAUUGGGAACCCCAGCUGUAAAAAUAGA